GUCUACGAAAGUAAAAGAGAUCAAAAUCGUUCGUGUGUGUCGGGGAAAAAGAUAAGAAAGAAUGGGAGCAGCAGAAGAUGGAGAGAUUCGCCAAGGCAGCGAUCAAACUACGCAAGUCGCAAUUUCGAGAGAUCAGUUUCUCGCCUGGAAGCGCCAAAAGGACGCUGAACUAUCAGCAAAACAAGCUGAAGCAGCUAGGAAACGUGAACAAGACAUAGCAGCAGGCCGUGUCCCGAUGAAUGGCCGAGAGCUUUUCUUGCACCAGCCUUGGGUUUUUGACGACACCCACCUUUAGUAUUCUUCUUACUCAGGUACACCAUUAGAGAUACUCAUUGGUGAUUCAGACAAAGAUCAAUUGGAGAUCAGUGACCCAACUCUGUUUUUUUUUUUUUUCAUUCUGUUCUUGUACUUAUUUUUCCAUUUUUGUUUCAAUUAGACUGUUAUACUUUUUUGGAGAUUUUGAUCAUAUUUGCAUUUAUGGUU